AUGCUGACCCCACUGGCGCGGGUGGAGCUGGAGGGGGCGGUGGAGGUGGCGGUGGAGGCGGCAGAGGGAGUGGGGGUGGCGGUGGGAGUAGUGGCGGAGGCGGAGGUGGUGGUGGCAGCGGCGGAGGAGGCCGCGGUGGCGGCGGCAGCGGUGGGAGUGGAGGCGGCGGUGGUGGCGGAGGUGGAGGCGGCGGUGGCGGAGGGGGUGGAGCUGGUCGGGGUGGUGCCCCGCAGCGGAGCGACUCUGGUAGUGGUAGCUGCGUCGGGUUGA